GAGGGAGAGAGAGAUGCAUAUGUGCGUUUCCCCUCCUUCCCCCUCUUCCACCACACUGCCACACACACGAGCAGACACACACACGCCAUCCUUGCCCUCCCUGCUUUCUGGCUGUGGGUAAACUCCAAUGUAGCUCUCCCAGCUCACAAUCAGGCGGGGUGUGUGGGGUGGGGUGGUUUUUUAUUUUUAUUUGCUCCUACCCCUUCCCCACAUUCCCCCCCACAUACAAACACACAUACACAACCGAUCCACCCACACUUUCUCUCUCCCUCCCCCCACCCGGCAUGAGAAGCUGCAAGAUGGUCCGGGUGGUCAGCGUCCUGGGUCUGGUGAUGCUCAGCGUGGCGCUCCUGAUCUUGUCCUUCAUCAGCUACGUGUCCUUGAAAAAGGACAACAUCUUCACCACCCCCAAGUAUGCCAACACCGGGGUGCCCAGGAUGUACAUGUUCCACGCGGGGUUCAGGUCUCAGUUUGCACUGAAGUUCCUUGAUCCUUCAUUUGUACCCAAUACAAACUCCUUGAAUCAUGAUUUGCAGGAUAAAGCUCCUAAAUGGACCUUCAACAGAACAGCAUUCUUGCAGCAAAGGCGAGAAAUACUUCAGCAUGUUGAUGUGAUCAAAAACUUUUCUUUGACAAAGAAUAUGGUUCGGAUUGGACAGCUGAUGCAUUAUGAUUAUUCCAGCCAUAAGUAUGUUUUUUCCAUUAGCAAUAGUUUCCGGUUGUUGCUCCCAGAUGUUUCACCAAUCCAGAACAAGCACUAUAAUAUUUGUGCUGUCGUUGGAAAUAGCGGAAUCCUGGUGGGCAGUCAAUGUGGCCAGGAAAUAGAUAAAUAUGAUUUUGUUUUCCGCUGUAAUUUUGCCCCAACGGAAGCAUUCCACAAAGACGUUGGGAGGAAAACCAACAUUACCACCUUCAAUCCCAGCAUUCUAGAGAAGUACUACAACAACCUUUUGACCAUUCAAGAUCGUAAUAACUUUUUUCUAAGCUUAAAGAAACUGGAUGGAGCCAUUCUCUGGAUCCCAGCAUUUUUCUUCCAUACGUCAGCAACCAUUACAAGAACAUUGGUUGACUUCUUUAUUGAACAUCGAGGGCAGUUAAAAGUCCAGUUGGCUUGGCCAGGAAAUAUCAUGCAACAUGUUAACAGGUACUGGAAGAACAAGCACCUGGCCCCCAAACGACUCAGCACAGGUAUCCUCAUGUAUACUCUAGCAUCGGCAAUUUGUGAUGAAAUCCACCUGUAUGGCUUUUGGCCCUUUGGGUUUAAUCCAAACAACAGAGAAGACCUUCCGUACCAUUACUUUGACAAGAAAGGAACAAAGUUUACCACCAAGUGGCAAGAGUCCCAUCAGCUCCCUGCUGAAUUCCAGCAGCUGUUUCGAAUGCAUAGCGAAGGUCUAGCAAAGCUGACUCUGUCCCACUGUGCCUAAGAGUUGAAUCCCUGAAGUGCCAAAUGAUUGUUGUUGCUGUUUUUCUUUUCUAAAAAAAGUGCCCAAAAUGAAUGAACUGUUUUUCAGAACAGAAUUCUAAGAGGAAAACGUAUUAAGAAAGGGGAUUCUUUUAACUCAGAGUUGAAACCACUCUUACUGUUUGCUUUCCUAGGCAUAGGAGGGUGGUUGCAGCAUAUUUAGCUGUGCAGGAGUAGUUCUGUUAUUCAUGUAGUAAGAAAGUUAAAACUAUUUAUGGCAGAGGUUUUUAGCUUUUCUAGGUCUGCUGCCAAGAAUGUUCUCUUGAAAGUAUUUUCAUAGUCAACUGGAAUUUCACAUUCUGCUGGAUGUCUCAAAAUACCCACCGUUAGAAUUCCUGUGCUUGCUUAUUCAGACUUGCUUGCUUUCUCGGCAAAUUUGUGCUGCUGCCAUUGAGUCGUUCUUCCACAGUCAGUUUGGAAACUGUUCCUGAUGUUCUACAGAAAGAUGGCUUGUCACUAGUAUUAGCCCUACUAAGGUCAAGGGAAAUUUUUCUAUAUAAGUGGCUGCCAAGUCAAACUCAAUGGAGACUGAAAGAUAUUUUCUGUGUAUGCAGGCUUCUAUGGAAAAAAAUGAACAUGAGAUAUCCACAACAUUUAUUUGCCCCCAUCUCACCUUUAUUUCUUCCUCAAUACAUUCCUCUCUUCACCCUGUCCAAGGUUGGAAAUAUUUAUCUGUCAAUCAGAGCAUGGGAAAGUAAUGUCUGGACUACAACUCCCAGAAUCCCUGAACUAGCAUGCCCAAGCUCUGCUGAUUGCCACUCUUCUGUGAACAGUUCUGUACACAGACCAGUGGUGGCCAGACCAAGCCUCAGAACCAUUGGUUUGAACCCUACUGUUAGUCCCAAAAAGUAGACCUAUUGAGUCAGUGAGGUUAACUCAAGUGUUGACUUAGCAUUGAAAUAUUCAGGCGCUUUCCUCCAUCUGUUGUACCUGCUUGCUCCAGGCUUGAUACUGUUAGAUGGACUAGGCUGUAAUAAUCCCAACAGAGUGCACUGGAGAAAGAGGAGAAGGUAGCUACCCUAUUGGGCCCAAGCUCCUAAGCUAGAGUUGUGAGACAUGCACCACAACUCCCAUCAUCCUUCACUCUUGGAUAUGCUGUCUGAUGCUUGUGGGAGUUGAUCCCAAUUCUCAUGGAUCCCACAGCCAAGGGUCUGUUUCCUUGCUGUCAGUAGAUUAGACAGAAAGUGUGCCCAAUAGACAAAUGGAUGUUACUGGUCUACACCUCCCUGAUCAAGGCUUCCUCUCUAAUACUGGAGUGGUGAUAAAUUUUGAAAUUGCAGGCACUCAUCAAAAGAGUUUCCCACAAAGGGAAUACAGAAAUGCAGGCAGCUUAUCCAGGAUCCUAGACAAACCAGGACUAGGAUUUUUCACUUCCACCAGGAGCAGGUCCUCUGGACAACUAGUGGGCUGUAACUGCCCAUUCAAGACUAUCACCUCCAAAUUCAGUGCUUUACAACAGCGAUAGUUUGCAAGAAUGUAUUUCUGCUGGGAAAAUCAAUUUACCAUGGACUGUCGCAGAGCUCAGAGAAAACUGGGAAGUCCAAUUAUGUGGCAUCAUUGUUUCUGCUAAUCAAAACAUCACUGCCACUUCAUCCCUGUGACCCUAGGCUCCAUUGCACCACUGCUCUCUACAGACACAGAAAGUGAUCUAAUAUCACCCAAUGUAAAUCACCAUCUUUUUAAAAAAGUAUCAGUACUCUUAGUUUUGAUACAGACGUCACAUAACCAAGAGCAAAGCUCUUAUUUUGCAACAUGCUGCUUAAAGGCCUGCUUUUAGCUGAAAAACUGGGUUUGAGCGAUUGUUAGGCAAAACAGAAAAGAGUGCAAAACCUCUUAGCUUCUGUUUUCCUCCCCAAAAUCAGUUUUAGGACUGCCAUUGUGUUUGUCCAAAGCAACUCUACUGUAGAGCCCAAGAGAGGCUGUUAACAAUAGCUUAAAUGCUUGAGUAUCAUAGACCCUAGAAUGGUACAAAACACCCAAGCAACAUUAGUUUUCAAAUGAAUAAACAGGGCUAGGAUAGACAAAGCUUUUUGAAUAGCUUGGAACAAAUGAACAGAUUCAAGAGAUAAAUAGCAGUAGGAAUAUCGUAUGCCACAAGGCUUCAAUGAGCUGGUCAUCAAAAUAACGUUAACCGUUAUCUAUCAGGGUGUUUUUUAAAAAACAGAAACUAACUUGUGGGAUAUUUUGUGGUCUUCAAAAUUUCAAUGCAUUGAGGGUUAGCAUGAGGGCAAGGGCCUUGGUUGGGAUUAUGGUUUAAUAUUCCCAAUGAGAAUUCCAAUGUUGCCUCUUCAUUGUAAAAAAAAAAAUGAUUUCCCUUGAAUCCAGUCAGCCUACUGACAACUGGAACAUAUCAGUUCUAUUUUACUGCAUCAUGGUUUGCAAAGAAAAUGACACCCCCUACCCCCCCCCCCGAAAAGAAUUGCCUGGGACAAAAAGUGGCAAAACGGAAUAGAUUGUUGGGAAUUUUUCCCCUGGCUUCCUUUCUUGGCUUUUUCAAAAAGAACUGCAUGGGGCACAUGGAUGAAAUUUGGAGAUAUUGUUUACAACAGUGCAGGUGACAAUGCUGCAGAAUUUCUACACCAUUGGUUUACUUUUGUGUGCAUUCUGCAACAAGACGUGACUUUGGGGGGGGGGGGCUAAAAUGUCCCAUCCUAGUGCAUGAGGAUUGAUCUGCUCACCCAGGGACCUCUGGAUGCCAUUGCUCCAAACUAGCUACCUGUUCUUGGCACAAGUGCUCUUAUGUGUGUGCAGUGCUUUCCCAUUGGGAGAAUUUGCCAUGCCCCAUUCACUUCAGUGAAAGGAACCAGUCUCCACUUAUCCAUUUGGGAUUCCUUCAUUGAAAUUAAUAGGGAAGGACAUUUUCUAUGUGAAGAAAAAAUUACUCUGUGUGCAGCUUAGUAUAUAAUAGAUCUUUAGCCUGGGGUCUUGACAUCUUUGCUAUUCUCCGCAGCAUCAUGCAUGAAGAUCUAUCUUGCAUUCACUGAACUUAAUUGAUAAAACUUUGAACUGCUGGUGGUGAAAGGAAGUAUGCAGCCAAAUUUAUAUGACUAAUGUGCAUAUCCCAUCUUCCAUAUCUGUAAUAUGCCUCCAUCUUCACCCAAAAGACUCACAGAAGCAUCAUAAAAAUAUGCAUGGCACAGAAUGGCAGAUCCCCAAAAUAAGGACGGCAGUGAUCUAUGUUGUCCUCUCCAGCAUGUGCUGUCCUUUUGAUUUGACUAGGCACCAGGAAACAUGCCACAACAGAAACUAUCAAAACUGCAUGUGAGGAAGAGGGUCUGGUUGUUGGACUGGUACCUCAGACCCACAGUAUUUCCACAUUUGAAUGUUAAUCUGAUUUAGCACUGUUACCUGAAAGAAGACAACUCCAUUUCUAUUUGCUCUGGUUGGUAUAAUUGCUCUGGUUGUCAAGAGUCUUUAAAUCCAACAGAUAGUCCCAAAAGCAGUAUACCUGUCGAAUCAGUGGGAACCUGAUAAGCCAACUUUUAUGUAGGUUCCAUUGAUUCAGUAACUCUGCUGUAGAUGGAAGUCAGAAUUGGAUUUAGGCCUUAGUCCAUAAAUAUAAAGCAGACAAAGUCAGAUAGAAGGUUGGUGGUGAUCUUCUGGUCUAUCUCUGGGUGGUUUUCAAGGCAGACACCCCCAAUUAACAAUAAGAACAAGCUUCCACCCCCAAUUAAUGAAAUGACAAGUUUAGGGAGGAACCAGGAGAAAAUGUUUGUGUAAAGAGCCUGCAAUCUUUGUUUUGGUAGUGAAAACAAAUUUCUGGGAUUUAAUAGGUAUUCGGGAGCACUCUAUUAAUUCCAAGACCUUCUGGCAAAGUCACACACACUCAGCCUCAGGGGAAGGCAAUAGAAAAUCUCCUCUGAACAAAUCUUGCCAAAAAAAAAAACCCUAUGAUAUGUAUGCCUUAGGGUCACCAUAGGUUGGAAAUGACUUGAAGGCACACGACAACAAAAAAAUUCUAGUUGAUAUUAAUAGUUGAUAGUUAAUAUUACUCUGUUGAAUCAAUGGGACUUACAUAAGUGUUGACUUAUCAUUCUACGAUUGAUUAUAUCUGUCAACUCCAGUUGGGAUUAACAACUCCAUGUAGACCUAAGUGCAUGUCUGUCCUCCUCCCUUGGGUUGCAGUUGGUGACCUUCAGGAUCCUAAUCAAACAAAGCAAAAUAUCUGCAACCCCAAGAAUGCCUAGUGCCUUUCAAGUCAGAAGUUUGGCAAAUCUACUGUGGGUGUAGGUGCUAUCCAAGGUACUGAGCCUAUUUCAGGAAGGGAGGAUUUGUUUGUUUGUUUGCAUUUAUAUGCUAUCUUUCUCCCUGUGUAGAACCCAAGGUGAGUGCAGGACCUUGAUUAAUGCCUUUAAAGUCUAGAAUAAACCCUAGAGUUGAUUCACCACACCUCUGACAUGGAAGCCACCAGUUACCCCUGCUUCUAUCCCAUUAGAGAACAGAGGAUUUUUUUAAAAAAAAAUCCUAACAAAAUUAAUAUGAUUUAGCUGGGCUUCAUGUUGGUUUGCUCUACUUGGUAGUCCUUCAUUUGAAGCAGACUUCUGGUAAAGUAGACUUGCACAACUUUUGACAAACUAAAGUAAAUUCAACUCUCACCUGACAGCCAUGCACCAAGGCCCACCAAAUCAAUGGCUCUCACCCGUUGGCUUUCCAGACAUUUUCCAUUUCAAAUCUCUGAAGCAACACAAGCAACACACUGUCUGAAGUCUGGAAUUCUGGGGGCAGACUACCAAAACAUCUAGAAGGCCAAAGGCAGAGAACCACUGCUUUAGAUGAAAGGUGGAGAGCCAUGGUUCUCAAUAUAUGGAUGAAGCCCAGAUUUUGUCAGCUCAGCCAGAAGGGACAAUGGCUGGGAGUGAUGGGAAUCAGAGUCAACAGCACCUAUAAUGCCACAGAUAUGCCAACCUUGCAGGAGAGGUUAGAAAAUUUGAGAUGCCUGCUCCAAUUAGGACUACAUCAUCAGGUGGGUGGUCAGGUUCCUUCAAGGUCCCAAUACAUUACUGUUGUGCAGACUUAACAGAACAUGCUUAAAACUUGCUCUCACUUUCCUACACACAUGCACCAUCUAAAAAACAAUAAGAGAAGGAAAAGGUGAUGUGAAUGGAGGUUGCAAACAGAGAACAACAUCCUUUAUGUAACUCUGAAGUGAUGGAACUAAGGAUCUGGCUGCUCAAUGCCAAGACAGUAUUGUUUUCAUACAGAUACCAACUUUUUUUUUGGGGGGGGGGAGAUAAACCAUUAUCCAUAUCAACCAUUCAUUCCUAAAUAGCCAUAUUAGAAAGUAUUUAUUUUUCAAGUAGCAAAUGUACAUUUAAGAGUCAGGAUAUAAUCUCAGGUGAAUGGUAUGGAAAGCUGCACAACGUUUCCAAAGCUGUGGAAUGGAAAGCAGGAGGCCAUCCUAGUGAAGUCAAUAGCGAUUUCAGACAGUGGGACCAAUCAACUAGCAAGCUCCAUCACCAUGAACAGAGUUCCUUCCCUUUUGGCGGAACUUAGAGAGGAGAAAUUCCUAAUGGAUCUUGCCCCUAGCUUUUUUAAACCUUGGUUCAGCCCCAGGAUAUUCUGAAUUUAAAGAUGUAGGAAACAGGGUCACAGCUCUGAGACUGGAAUGUGAUCUAGACAAUGUACAUGUAAAUAUUUUGUCUGAUUUGUUAAUCACAGGAUGCAAUCCAGCCAAAAUUAAGUACUGUUAGUACUCCCAGAGCUUUCAGUUUGAAACCUGCUUUCUUUUCACCUACUGAAAUCAAGGCAGUUUAAGGGGUUUUCGGUUUGGCUGGAUUGUACACCAAGUUGUUUUCUUUUUUCCUUUCUCUACUUUAUUUCUUUCUUGUAGAGGAAUUUGGCAUAGUUAUUGUAGUGUUUGAAUCUUGUAAGGGUGGGGGGCAGGGAGGGUAAUUUACAAUGAUUCCUUUUGAAUCUUUAAACAAUGUUAUUGCUGGGUGUGGAUGUGCCUGCCACAUUGACUCAUGUGCCAAAACAUGAUAUUGAAUGCAUUGUUUUUAAAUAAAAUAUUUUAUUGUGCACUGGAAGCCU